CGAUUACAUCGCCCUAGAACCACCCGUUUAUUUUCCUCCCCCCCUUCAACUCUUCCACCUUCCUUGCUAUUUCCCAUUUACAGAAUAUGGCGAUGAUACUUCGGAUUCUACCCCAUCCUCUUUAAUGUACCGCGGUGUCUGGUCUUCCGUCCCCCUCUCAACGACCAAUGCACGAAGAUACUCGUGAUGGGCAAUCUAGGUGACCUGUCCCCACAGGGGAGCGUCGCGGUCGGAGUCGUCGUCGGAUUAGUCUCGACCAGUUUACAGGCCAUUGGAUUGACCCUCCAGCGCAAGUCGCACCUCCUUGAAGAUGAGAAACACCCCUACGAUAUACGCAGGCCACCCUACAAGCGUCGAAGAUGGCAGCUGGGCAUGCUAAUGUUCGUCAUCUCGAACAUCGUUGGAAGUACGAUCCAGAUCACUACACUUCCGCUUCCGGUAUUAUCGACACUCCAAGCUUCUGGACUCGUCUUUAAUACCAUCUUUGCCACUUUGAUUCUAGGAGAGGCGUUCACCAGAUACUCCCUUGUAGGUACUAUCCUGGUCUGCAUUGGCGCUGUUCUUAUAGCGACCUUCGGGGCCAUUGGGGAGCCUGCGCACACCCUCGAUCAACUCUUAGAACUCCUUCAGCGUCGAAACUUUAUUCUUUGGAUGAUUGGAACUGCGGUACUGGUGCUGGUCAUUUUGCUUAGUUCUAGACUUCUGAAGUACUUCACGUCCCCGGCUCGUUUCAAAUACUCGAGUGCCCGCCAUUCUUAUGCGCCACAUCUACCAUUGACCCAGGGUCGCACUCGGCUGAUACGUGGACUAAGCUAUGGCCUUGUAAGCGGCAUUCUGUCGGCACACUCGCUACUUUUCGCCAAAUCAGCUGUUGAACUGCUUGUGCGGACGGUUGUGGACCGUGUAAAUCAGUUCAACCGAUGGCAGUCAUGGGUCAUUUUGAUUGCAAUGAUCGCGCUUGCUCUCACACAGCUGUUCUACCUGCACCGAGGCCUGAAGCUGUGCAGCACUAGCGUCCUCUACCCGUUUGUCUUUUGCAUUUACAACAUUAUCGCCAUUCUAGACGGUCUCAUCUACUUUCGUCAAAUGUCUCAACUGACAGGAUUUCAUGCUGGACUUAUCGCACUAGGCACAAUCGUGUUGCUAGGUGGAGUACUGUGUCUCUCAUGGCGGCUAGAAGUCAUUGAUAGUCAUGCUGCUGUAACGGUUGUUGGGCCUUCUCAGACCGCGUUGGGUCCCGGAAUGGCUGUCGUCGAGGAACACCCACGCUCAUCUGUUGCACCGGGAUCAGAAGACGAAGAAGACCAGAUCGGGGAGCACGAACCACUUUUAUGGAAAGUUCCUCACAGAGGAGCCUCCCACCGACGGACCCCUAGUUUACCUUUACUUACACCGCAAGGGAGUUCCGUGGACAUGGAUCCUGCAUCCAUCUGGGCAGAACUUGACGAGUCAGAUUAUGAUUAUGCUGAUCCGGACUCUCGGACACUACUCAAACGGCUCUCCGCCGACCCAUUUCAAACCCGACCAAGAGGCAAGGCCAAGUCCAUCACUUUGAAAGACGCCUCCCUGCGUGGACAACACCAACAUACAUGGAAUCCCCGCAGAUCUCGACUAUCCAACUUCCAAGCUGGACACCAGCGAAGAACCUCAGCCCCUGGUCCCGACAAUCAUGGAGCCCCUCAAAAGCGACGCACCUACGGCCCUUCUUUCUUUGACAUCCCUGGCCUCGGUUACGGCACCCAGGAUAAUCGCUCCGAUACCCCGUCGUCCCGCGAACCACCACCAGCGCACGCGCUCACCGACCCAGGCACAAAACCUCUCGCAGGCUCGAGGGGUGGCACUCUAGGUAACGCCUGGCGAAGCGGUCUACGAUACCUCUCACGCUUAACCGGUCAACGGGGAAGCAGCAGACCUCACGAUCCCGAACACAACCCGGACAAUCAUACAGAUAGAUAACCCCCAUCAUGCCUGCAUCCGCCGUCAACAGUGGAAUCAUCUCAAGCAAAGAAAGAAAGAGUGGCCACUGCUUAAUCCCCAUAUCCAGUGUACAUUAUAUUACAUUAUAUCAUACCUGCUUAUAAACCAUGCUCAUAUUUUAUCUGGUUUGAUUUUCUUCUGUUCACCACAUCGGAUCAAUCAAACAGAGUCUAAAGUGUUUCAUCCGUGAUCGACAUGUUCAUGGCAGGAACGAUAGGUGACUUUUCACUACUUCGGAUU